CCUGCGAUGGGAUGGACGAAGAGGAAGAGAGCCACUAUGUCUCGCAGCUCAGGGAUGUCUACAGCAGCUGUGACACCACGGGGACAGGCUUCUUGGACCGGGAGGAGCUGACCCAACUCUGCCUGAAGCUUCAUCUGGAAAAGCAGCUGCCUGUCCUUCUGCAAACACUUCUCGGAAACGACCGCUUUGCCAGGGUUAACUUUGAGGAAUUUAAGGACGGUUUCGUGGCCGUCUUGUCAUCACAGGCUGGUGUCAGCUCCUCAGAUGAAGACAGUGGGUCUUUGGAGCCAGGUGCCCCCCGGGCCGUCCCCCCGAAGUACGUGAGCGGCUCUAAGUGGUAUGGCCGUCGGAGCUGGCCCGAGCCCUGCGACGCUGCGGGUGGAGCCCAGUGUUUGCCCGAGCAGCCUGCCAGGCCCAGUGUGAGAAGCCAGCUCCGACGCUCCGCGUCCCUGGAAAGUGUGGAGAGUCUCAAGUCCGAGGAAGAAGCCGAAAGUGCGAAGGACCCUCAGAAUGAGUUGUUUGAAGCACAAGGCCAGCUGCGAACCUGGGGUUCUGAGGUCUUCGGGAGCCUCCAGAAGCCCUGCAGCUCCUCCUUCGACAGCCCCGAGAGUCGGGUCCGGGGCCUCUGGGAAGAGCUGGGUGUGGGCAGCAACGGCCACCUCACCGAGCAGGAGCUGGCCCUGCUCUGCAAGAGUGUCGGGCUCCAGGGCCUGGAGAAGGAGGAGCUUGAAGACCUGUUCAACAAACUGGACCAAGACGGUGAUGGCAGAGUGAGUCUAGAGGAAUUCCAGCUUGGCCUGUUCAAUCAUGGAUUCCCUCAACUUCUGGACUCUUCCACACUUGUCAAAGCGAGCGGGUCCUGGCCUCAGUACCAGGUCCCAGAGGAGGGUGGUGGCCAGACCACCACGUCAUCCCUCGUGUCCGUGAGCUCGGGCCCGCGCCUCUUGUGCAGCGUGGACGACGGCACCGGCUUCGCCUUCCCGGAGCAGAUCGUCACCCUGUGGGCCCAGGAGGGGGUGCACAACGGCAGGGAGGUCUUGCAGAGCCUCGACUUCAGUGUGGACGAGAAGGUGAACCUUUUGGAGCUGGCCUGGGCCCUUGAGAACGAGCUCAUGAUGGUGGGCGGUGCCACUCAGCAGGCAGCCUUGGCCUGCUACCGCCAGGAGCUGAGCUUCCGCCAGGGGCAGGUGGAGCAGGUGGCCAGGGAGCGAGACAAGGCGAGGCAGGACCUGGAGAAGGUGGAACAGAGGCACCUGGAGUUUGUGAAGGAGACGGACGACCUCCACUCCGCCCUGGAGCAGCUCGCAGAGGAGAAGGUCAGACGCCUGGAGGAGGGGUACAGAGGGAGGCUGAGUCUCCUGCGGUCCGAGGUGGAGGUGGAGCGCGAACUGUUCUGGGAGCAGGCCCGGCGGCAGAGGGCUGCGCUGGAGGAAGACCUGCAGUGCCUUCGGGCCGAGGAGGCCAGCCUCCGCCAGAAGCUGAGCCUGGCCCUGAAGGAAAACAGUCGACUGCAGAAGGAGAUGAUUGAAGUCGUAGAGAAGCUCGCAGAGUCGGAGAAGCUGGUCCUGAAGCUGCAGAAUGAUCUGGAGUUUGUGUUGAAGGACAAGCUGGAGGAGCCCCAGAGCAUGGAGCUCCUGGCCCAGGAGGAGCGGUUCUCAGAGGUCCUGAAGGAGUACAAGCUCAAGUGCCGGGACCUGCAGGACUGCAACGACGAGCUGCAGGCCGCACUGGAAGGCCUGCGGGCACAGCUGCCCCCGAGUCGGCACGGCCAGCUGCCCACGGGACAUGGCCCAGCAGGCAUUGUCCCGUUUGUGGGUGAUUCUGUCCCAGUGAGUAUAGAGACGGAGAUAAUGUUGGAGCAGGUGAAGGAACGUUACAAAGACCUCGAGAUCCAGCUGGAGACCAAGGUGAAUUACUAUGAAAGGGAGAUGGAGGUGAUGAAAAGGGCCUUUGCGGAGGAGAGAAAGGAGCUGGAGCGGGCCUUCAAGCUCGAGGUUGGCGUGCUGCAGGGUCAGAAGGCCGAGCUGGGGAUGCUGCACCAGGAGUCGCAGGAGGUGGUCCGAGGCCUGCGGGACCAGCUGCAGCGGGCGGUGGAGCUGGAGCGGGGCCACGCGCGGCAGCUGACCCAGGAGAGAGACCAGCUGGAGGAGGCGCUGCAGCGGGUCAGAAUCAAGUUGGAUAGGCUUUCUGAAGAAAACACGUUUUUGAAAAAUGAGCUGGCAAGGAUCCAGCAAGAGCUUGAAGCUGCAGAAAGGACAGAGGCUGCACAGAGGAAGGAAGUUGAGGUUUUAAAGAGACAGAAGGAAAAGGCCUGCUCUGAGAUGGAAGAGCUCUGCACACAGAGUCAGAAAUGCAAGGAUGAAUUGUCCCAGCUCAACCACAGGGUCCUGCAGCUGGGAGAGGAGGCCUCUACCCACCAGGCCCAGAGCCAGAAGAAUCACAUCACUGUUCAGCUGCUGACACAGAGACUGGAGGAGGCGGUGUGCCGGGAAGAGCUGCAGGAUAACCAAAUCCAGAAACUUGAACUUGAACUUGAACACGUGACUCAGGAACGUCAGAGCCUGAGACUGGCACAGUCACAGCUGAGAGAGGCCCUCGAAGAGAGUCGGGACCAGCUGUACGGGGCCGCCAUGAGGCUGAGGCUGGCCCGGUCCCAGCACGCCCACGAGGUCCAACGGCUGCAGGAGCAGAUGGAGCAGCUGGUGCCUCGGGGCCGCGUGGCUGAGCUGCAGCAGCUGCUGGAAGGGGAGCGGCAGGCGGCUCGGCAGCUCCAGGAGGAGGAACGGGAAGCACAUGAAAAACAGCUGAAAGCCGCAGAAGAGCGGGUGGAGGAGGUGGAAAUGAUUUUGAAGAACGUGGAAGCGCUCCUCCAAGAGAAAGUGUGUGAGCUGAAAGAGCAGUUUGAAAAGAAUACACGAUCUGAUUUGCUGCUCAAGGAGCUCUAUGUGGAAAAUGCUCACCUAACGAAAGCGCUUCAGGUCACUGAAGAGAAGCAACGAGGUGCUGAGAAAAAAUCCCGAUUCUUGGAAGAAAGAGUUAGAGCUCUCAACAAACUACUCAGUAGGAUCGCUUCAGCAUCUCUCUCUGUGUAGACUGCUUUUCUUCCUGGAGUUCAUUUUGAAACAACAUCUUUUAAAAGUAAACCACUGUGAUGCCAUAACUUCUAUGGCUCAUUGGCCGCACACCCCUGGACAGAUGAGGAUUAUGACUCUCUGUUCGCCCUACAAGCGUUUAAUGAAGGUCGACUAUGUGCCAGAUGCUGGGGAAACAGACAUGUUGUAAAAGACUAUAUAUUUUUUUAGUGGUCUCUAGGUAAAAUUCCUAAAUUUGCUGCUUACUAGUGAAACAGGUUAUGGGAGCUGUCAGCAAGGUAAAUGGUAAAAUAGUUUUAAUGUUUUACUUCUGACCUUGGCUACAGAGACUACAAUGCAAAGUCAGGGCUCUGCAGUUCUGCCAUUUCACUGUUGCUGCUCUGGUUGAGUUACUGGCAUUCUCCAUAGUGGGUGGAUACAGACACUCCAGAAAUGCUUCACUUCCUGUGACUGUCAACUGGCAAUGAGGGAUAGAGGAGGGGAAGCCCCUUUGUCAGGGUCAGCUCCACUGCAGGGAUGUUUGGACAGUGCUUGUUAUUUUAGGGCUGUGGACUCAGGGAGGAUGGUUUCUAUUGUGAAUGCAAUCUUUUCCUCAUUGAAGUGUCAUCACACUGGAAAGUAUACUAUAUGUUAAAAAAAAAAAAAAAAAAAAGUAUAGUUUUAUAUCCAAAAUAUACAUAAAUUAUGGCCAUUUGGUUUAUCAGAAUAAACUACUGUAAUAUGAAGUCACUGUAUUUGCAAUAAAAGUCCUUUUC